AUGAACGAGCAAGAACAAUUCGAAGGGGAGGCCGUUGACGCGAAUAACGCCAUCGCGGAAUUACUCCGCGAUUACAAGCGUUGGAAAUCCGCCAAGACAAUGACGGUACAUAACUGCCCAUCCCCGUUUACCUCCUUGGACUUGUUGCCGCUGCCCACUUGUCGCCCAAGCCAACCAUGCUGCGGGAUCUUCGCCAUUCCUACAGAGCUUAAGCAGACGGCGUGCAGCCAAAUUGAUAGCGCGAGGGAUAUGGCAAGCCUCAGCCGGACGUGUCGAUUCAUGGCGGAGUUCCUCGAGGACUUCCGCUACCACGAAGUGGCUGUCCGCUCCCCAGCUGGCCUCGCGUCGCUCUGCAGGGGUCUAUCGAGCGUAAAGGUGGACAGGCUUGGCAGGACCAGAGCUGAGAGGUUGCGCGUGCUCACCAUCUCGUGGAUGACCACUGCAUCGCUCCCUCGGACGCGUAGCGACUUGAAUUGGGUCCUGUCUCGCGUUCCUAACGUGAGGCACCUCUCGGUAGACAUUCCCGUGUCCGACCUUGAGGGUAACGCAGCCAUCUCCGUGCCUGUUACAAGACAAAUACCCUUGGAUCACCUGCAAUCUCUCUCCUCCCUCACCACAACAGCGACACUCGUCCGGCGUCUCCGCAGUCCGGUUCCCAGUUUGACGUGCCUUGCCGUCGACAUGGUCUACCCUCUUGACGCCGCUGUCCUCACCGAGAUAUCCCGCACAUUUGGACAGACUCUGGAGAAGCUUCGCCUUGUCCGCGCCUUUCACAACAGGCACUCCUACAGCUGGCAGUCUCCCGCGAGGGUGUGCGAUGCCCUCUUGGCACCAAGGUUAGAGCAUCUGGAAUUAUGGGAUCGUGCGACUAUGGAAGAUACCGGACUCGACUCAACCGACCUCGUUGCGGAUAACUCUCCGCUCCACAUGCACGCCUCCGCUGGUGUCCCAGCGUUGAGAACACUGAUGUGGGCUCCAGCCUGGAGAGGAGCAAGUUCCACGGACACCAAACGGUUCAAGAUCGUGAUGCGGACCUACCGGGCCCACCUCCUGGCGAUAUUGGAGCCGAUUGCGCUGGCCAUCUGCGUCAGCGAUACUCAUGCUUACCUGGCUUGGAGCAAGGAGGAUCGUACGCGGCACAAGGCACCGUCUUUGGUGGAGGUGACCUCGGAGAUGUGGGAGAAGUGCUUAUGA